CGUUUGUCCUUCAGUGGAUACGUAAACACAACUGAGAAUUGGGCAGGAGACUUUUGCAAAGGGGGAGCCUGGAAAGGCAGAGGGAGCAACAGUGCUUGUUCCCAUAAGAAUGUUGAACUAAUUGAUGCGCAGCAGGCGCAUUGGGGAGUCAGAGGAUUUGGGGGAGAGGGGUUUGAAAAACAACAACACCCCUGUAUUUUGAAGAUCCUUUUUGGGGAGUGGGUGGCGCGUGGGGAGAGGGGGAAAACAUGUACAAAGCAAGCGCAACAAGAAGUGGAUGCUGACAGCCAAGCGAGUGACUUGGGCGGCCGAAUUUGUUUGCACAAGGCGCUGGGCUGCAGCUUGGAGCGUGCGUGAGGCGGGGGGACCGCCACAAGGCAGAGCAGCACAUCUUCUUUGUCGAUAGCAACAGUCUGCCUCGGUGCGAGGGAUUAUUUUUAACGGGUGAUUUACAACAAUUGCUCAGCGCAAAAGCCUGGGCUUGGAAAGAACAGCGAGCCGCUCACGCACAUCCAGCAUCUGAGACCGUUACAGAGAAGCAGCAGCACCAGAUCUCGCUCCCCGCCCCCCCCCCCCCGCGGCCCCCCGGCCCCUUUUCGGUACUUCUCCUGGAGUCUGGAAUGGAUUUCCUGCACUGAUGGCUCUAUUUUGUCAGGAUCAACGCGGAAAGAAGUGAUCGCUCGGCUUGGGUCCUCAAACUCGGGGCUCUCUUCCCUCCAGGAGCGUUUCUCGCCUCGCACAAGAAGAAAGGCGAAGAAAAUCCAUCGGUCACCCGCCCGUAGCCCCCUCCCACUUCUCCUGAGCUUCCACCUGUGAAAACAGGUUGCCUGGAGGAACCUCGCUUGCCCUCCACCCCUCAAGAUCUCUCUCUCCUUCUCUUUGCAGAUCUUGAGACUAAGAACGAAACAGCACUGCCUUUUCUCUGCCUACAACGGUUAAGGUUUCUGCUGCAUGAGAGUAACCAAAGGGUGACCCACUCCCUUCUCUCCAAUGGAGAACAGAGAGCCAGCUUUGCAACCUCCUCCUCCUCCUCCUCCUCCUCCUCUUGCCACAGUUGCUGCCGUCCUGGGUGAUGCUUUCCUGAGGUUAAGGGAUUGUUAAUAGACUAAGCAAAAGUGAGUGUGCUAAGACCUCUGUACUGUGUGAACAAAGCAAUGGUUGAAGUUCUUUCAACUUUCUAAAUGACAGUGUUCAUCAGCAAUGUUAUUGCUAGGCCAAAGCAUCAUGUGGGAACAAAUUGUGAGAAUAGUUGCUGUCAUGCACUCAGUUAAUCAGAGGAACUGGGGACUUGACAUUUUCAGACACUUAUCCUUCUGACUUUGGUUAGGCUCCUUCCUUGCUAGAUUCAAAGCAUUCACAGAAAAUCAUGAACUCAGAUCUGUGGCUGUUGCAUAAACCACUGACGGACACCUUAAGCACUGGAACCUUGCACACACAAGGAGAGGGCCAACGAAUAUUUCUUGACUACAUCAGAGGACUACUUGCUCUACUGUAUUUGUACAAGCAGCCCUCAGUGAAUUGUGUCAAAUCUCCUGGGCAGCAUGGAAGAGAGAAAGAUGCAGAGUGAAAAAAACCCAGGUUUGCUAACGUGAUGGGACAAGGUUUCCAAUAAACUGAAUUCCAAACCUAAAUGGUCUUCUAGUUCCCUUGCAAAACAGCCAGUGAUGUCUAUUGAGAACUUGGACAUUUCUUUUCCUGCUCGUGUCUUCUAAAUAACAAAUACAACAUGGAGGUUGCAAUGGUAAGUGCAGAUAGCUCUGGGUGCAACAACCACUUGCCCUAUGGAUAUGCAGCCCAGGCAAGAGCCAGAGAAAGAGAGCGUCUGGCACAGUCUAGAGCAGCGGCAGCUGCAGCUGUAGCAGCUGCGACAGCAGCGGUAGAAACUGGGGCUUCUGGAGGAGGAGGACCUUAUCAUCACUAUCACCAGGAGCAGAGUCGUGGGGCUUCCUCAUCAUCCUGUGGUGGGAAUGCAUCACGCAGUGGCCACAACCAGAGCAGCCAAAGGAGAAAGCAACGGAGGGAAAAAAGUCACUGUCUUGGUGGCAGGGAGUUUGGCGCAUCCUUCCCUUGCUCUGAGUUGCUGCCCCUCAGUGGCUCUGAAGAGAAGAUCCUGAAGGACUUGAGUGAGGAGGAAGAGGAGGAGGAGGAAGAGGAGGAAGAAGAUGGAGAGGAUGAAGAAGACAAGGAAGGAAAGAUCUACUAUAGUGAUGAAGAUGGCAAAGAUGAGUAUUCAUUUUCAGACCAGCUUCCUGAGGAUGGUGCUGGACCGGGGGGCUAUACCUCAGUUCGCUACAGUGAGUACGAGUGCUGCGAACGGGUUGUCAUCAAUGUAUCAGGCUUGCGGUUUGAAACCCAGCUGAAGACCUUGGCUCAGUUCCCGGAGACACUGCUGGGUGAUCCAACAAAGCGGGGCAGGUACUUUGACCCCCUCCGCAAUGAGUAUUUCUUUGACAGAAACCGUCCCAGCUUUGAUGCGAUCCUUUAUUACUACCAGUCUGGUGGGCGACUGAAAAGGCCAGUUAAUGUGCCCUUUGACAUCUUCAGUGAAGAAGUGAAAUUCUAUGAACUUGGGGAGGAGGCCAUGCUCAAGUUCAGGGAAGAUGAAGGCUUCGUCAAGGAAGAAGACGACAAGGUGUUGCCUGAAAAUGAAUUCAAGAAACAGGUGUGGCUGCUCUUUGAGUACCCUGAGAGCUCCAGCCCAGCUCGAGUCAUUGCCAUAGUUUCUGUUUUGGUCAUUUUGAUUUCCAUUGUAAUUUUCUGUCUGGAGACGUUGCCAGAGUUCAGAGAUGACAAGGAGCUCAUUUUGACCCUCAGCUUGGAGAAUGUCAAUGAAACGCUACAUCUGCAAGGUGGGGGGCACACUGUCUUUAAUGAUCCCUUUUUCAUAGUCGAGACCGUCUGCAUCAUUUGGUUCUCCUUUGAGUUUACAGUGCGUUGCUUUGCUUGCCCCAGCAAAGCAACCUUCUUCAAGAACAUCAUGAACAUCAUAGACAUUGUAUCCAUUUUGCCUUAUUUCAUCACCCUGGGCACAGACCUGGCCCAACAACAGGGCAGUAAUGGUCAACAGGCCAUGUCUUUUGCCAUCCUGAGGAUCAUCCGUCUUGUAAGGGUGUUUCGCAUCUUCAAGCUCUCUAGACACUCCAAGGGUUUGCAGAUCCUGGGUCACACUCUCAGGGCCAGCAUGAGGGAACUGGGGCUCCUGAUCUUCUUCCUUUUUAUCGGAGUCAUUUUGUUUUCCAGUGCUGUUUAUUUUGCAGAAGCUGAUGAAACUGCUACCCAUUUUCAAAGCAUCCCAGAUGCCUUUUGGUGGGCUGUUGUGACCAUGACUACAGUGGGUUAUGGGGACAUGAAACCCGUAACUGUAGGUGGGAAAAUAGUUGGGUCCCUGUGUGCCAUUGCAGGUGUGUUAACCAUUGCUUUACCAGUGCCAGUGAUUGUCUCCAACUUUAACUAUUUUUAUCAUAGAGAGACCGAAAAUGAUGAACAGACCCAGCUGACACAAAAUGCAGUCAGUUGUCCAUACCUUCCAACAAUACUCAAGAAAUUCCGAAGUUCUUCUUCUUCUUCCACAGAGGACAAAUCAGAGUAUUUGGAGAUGGAAGAAGGGGUUAAAGAGUCCCUUUGUGUAAAGGAGAAAAAAAGUCAGGUCACAGGAAAUGGCAAUGAGACAGCAAAGCAGAACUGUGUAAAUGCAAAAUCUGUGGAAACAGAUGUUUAAAUUUGACUGUUUCCAAGCCUAUUUAUGCAUUAAAGGGUGUAUUGGUUAAAAAAUGAAAUAUGCAAACAGGAGUCUAAACAAGCAUAUAGAAAUACGCCAUUUACUGGUUAAACAUGAAUAAAAAGCAGUAGUCAACUUGUAUUACAUAUCAAGUACAUGAUAUACCUUAUGAAUGGGGCUUUACCUGAAGUAAUUUCAAAGUUUAUAUUUUUACUAGAAUGCAGGUGUUUUGCACAUGAGGGAGACAAAUUUACUUUUAAUGAGGGUCUAACUGCCCAUCCCACUCACUGCCCAGUGGUAAAAGUUGGCAUUUCAAGGUAUUUACUAUGUAAGAAACAAUGAUGUUUAGUAGCCAUGUAUUCAUUUGUUAAUGCUUUAAGAACAGCUACCAUAAUUCAGUGGAUUCCAUAGUGUCUGAUUUCAAAAUGCUAAGGAUUGUUGUGGGGAAAGUGAUUCUAAAGAAAGUCCAAAUUUAACUUUAAAAACAUUUAAAGAAUUUUUUUAAAAAGAAAAGCCUCGCUAUCAGAUUGUUGAAGAUGCUGCCGAACCCCCAGAAAUUGUUUAUUUUUAUAACACUCUUUUGGAGAUCUUGCGGCAUUUGUUGAGUAAUACAUGGAAGAACUGAAGUAAGAAAAUAAUUUAAUUUGGUCUGGAAGCAGUGGCAAAGUGACUGGAUUGCUUUUUUUGCACUACUUUAUAUGCUGGAGAUAUUCUGACAGAGACUUCAUACUGUGAAUGUUUACUAAUGUUCAAUGACAAUCAUUGGAAGAGUGAAUCCUGCAUCUUUAUUUUCUUGUAUUUUUCUUUGCGUGAUGCUGAUUGGCUAAGCGGCUGUCAUUAUAUGAAUUCCAUAGUCUUUAUUUAUGAAUAUCUGUUAUCUGGAAAAAGGAUUGUGAAGUAAAAUUUUAUAAUCAUUUUUCCCCUAAAUCAGUCUUUUCAAACCAUCAUACAACAGAGAGAGAGAGAGAAAGAGAGAGAGAGAGAGAGAGAGAGAGCGAGAGAGAGAGCGCGAUAUGCAUUCAGUUUGUUUAAGGGAUAGGAAAUAUAUUCCUCAUAGGGUUGUGUGUAUGUCAUAUGUUUGAACUGGAACAGCAGGGGAAAGUAAUCAAAUAUAUCUAUAGCAAUAGCCAUAAAGAGUACAGAGCAUAUCCAAGAGAUUUCACAGCAUCAGGUAAUGAGGCUAUUAUGUAUUGUAUAUUCUUGACUAUCUAAUUUAUCAUUCAGAAUCCAUGAGUAAUCUUUGCACUUUGACACUGGUUAAAUAUUUCUUUGUACUUUGAAGGGGACUGAAAUAGUAAUGCAAUGUUAAACUGGUACGGUAAUUGGGAUUAGCAGUCUUAAACUUGCAAAUGUGCUAUUAUUGGUUCAGGAUUCUUUCCACCCCCACUUUUAAUUGCAGCAUACAUCCUUCUGUGUGUUUUGAAACUGAUUUUAAGAUUUUUAAAAAAGGAAGUGUGAGGUUUGGAACAAACAUUUUAAUAGCCUAGGCAUUUAAAAAAAAAUAAAUAUGUGUACAUCCAGUCUUAA